UGUGUCCCAGUGGGGCUGCUUGUUCUUUGUGGCCAACAGCUGUGCUGCUGCUAAAUGUGAGAACGUGAGAAGGAGAAAGAACAGGAACAGGCUGCCUAAGGAGGCUGUGGAUGCCCCAUCCCUGCAGGCAUUCGAGGCCAGGCUGGAUGUGGCUCUGGGCAGCCUGGGCUGCUGGUUGGCGACCUGCACACAGCAGGGGUUGGGACUGGAUGCGCGCUGUGCUCCUUUGCAACCCAGGCCAUUCUGUGAUUCUAAGAAUGCUGUAGUACUACGUAUGUUAUGUGAUUGCAUAACAUAAAGAGCUCUGAGCUGUGGCUGUAUCCAUGAUGCUGUUGGUAAGGUGAAUUUACCUCUAAACUUGUUCUUGGAAUAUACAAGUAAGGCUGGAAUCCUGCCUCCUUGGAGUAGAGACACCCAUGCAUUGCUUUUGGCUGAUUUACUUUAAAUCUUAAAGCUGGGAAUUCUUCUGUUCCUCUCUCACUUCUUAAUGAAGAAUUAACUCCAUGUUAACGAUGUGCUUUGGCGAUGCUGAGAUAACAGAGAUUGCACAAUAAUUAGUCUGCAAAAAGCAUGGUUUCAAAGAAUGCGGAGGGGCUGAAAUGCAGCCAGGACAGCCAGAUUGCUGAUAAACUCAGGUAAGGAUUUUGUACUGUGCUUUCUCAAUGUUUUAUUCGCCCUUGGUAGGUUUUUCUUUCACAAAUUCAUCUAACCUGCCUUCAAAGCCAACUGGGGAGCUGCAGCUGUGACGUGCUGCGGCAAGGAGCCGCACUCACCGAGGAGUGGCCCCUUUUGCUCUGACUUUGAACCCACUCUGUAGCAUUUUGGUUGGUGGCCACAAGUUUUUGUGGAUCUGAAUGCUGGCACUGCCUGCGAGCUGUUCCAGCCCCGGAGCAUUCUGUGGGUCUGUCACAUUCCCUUUGACCUUAUUCUCUGUUCACAUGUUUGCUCAUGUCUCUAAUCCUUGUCCCUGCUCUUGGGGCCUCUACCCCUUUUUGUGGAGCAUGGGCUGGAACUUCAGACUUACACAGAUAUGGGAGCCUUUGCUUUUCAGUGGGCUCCUCUUAUGUGUGUGGAUAGAUGCUUAAUCUGAGCCAGCCCUUAGUUUUAACUAUGAAUAGUUUGGUUUCUUGUAGCAGCAGGGGAAGGUAAAGCUGCCUGACAGCCUCUGCUGGAUCCUUCCCUGAGCUCUGCUCUGGGACUUUGGGUUCAGUGCAGAUCUGCAGGGGGUGCUGGAGGCCGAGUGCUGGCAGUGCUUGGGCAAAUCCAGCCAGCUCCACUGUCUGCUUGGCAGUGCAGUUCCCUGCAGGCGGGCCGAGCUGUAAUUAAUUACCCGUGAUGUCUGUAGUGACUGCAGUCAGAGGGCAGAGCAGCAGUGCCCGCUGGUUAACAAGGACAUGUCCCAAAGCUGGAUCCUUGCUCCACAGCACCCGCACGCGGAGCUGCAGCUGCUCUGCCAUGCUUGGUGGGGCAGCAGUUAAGGCUUUGUUUGCAUUGACUGUAAGAAUCUCUUCAUUCCUCCCCCAAAGAGAGCUGAAAACUCUCAAACUGCAGCUGAAAACGACCUUGAGGACUACUGGUGGUUUAAUCCUUAACUGUGGCUAAUUGAGGUCCUAAUGAGCAGCCAGCACCUUAAUACAUUACCUAAAACUAACCUUGCAGGUGAGAGGGCGGGCUCAGCUCUGCCCGUAGUCCUUACUGCUCUCUGUGCCCCACUGCUGUGACUGCAGGCACUGGGAUUGCCACCUCCAUUCGUUCCCUUGGGGUUGGGUGCUGUGGGGUGGCUCAGCCACCACAUCCCAUCUUGCUGGCACGGGGAGCCAUGUCCUUCCGUCUUCAUCCCACAGGCUCCUCACCCCCUGCUUGUGUUACACACUCACUCUUGGGAGCUUAAAGUAACACUAAAUGCAGAGCAUAGCAGACCUACAACCUCUUCUGUCAUCUUUUAAAGAUCAGAAGCUGGCGCUGACCAUCCCUGCCCCAGUUUAUGGGAUAUAAAGCAGUAACUUCUCCUCUUCACACGAGAUGAGGGUUCUAUUUUUGGAAGGCCACCUGAGUGGCUCAGCAGGCCUUUGGUUCACCAAGCACCGCUGUAGGCUUUGAGGAAAUGAGCUAUUUUUGUAGAGACCCAACACAAAGCUGCCCUUUGUUCUGCAGGAGCAGGGGAGGCAGGACAAGCAGCCCUGCUGGCGGCAGCUCUUCAGCCAUCAGCAUCCAUUUGUGUGCAGAAUGGGGAUCCGUUUCCACUUCUGGGAUGUGGGAGCGUCUGCCCGAGGCAGUUCCCUCCUCCUGCCUGUUUCCCCUGCUGUUCUCCCCCAGUGGGGUGGAUCAGGGCAGCCCCAGGGGCAGGGCUGUGUGUUCCUCUCUGCCUCCGUUACCACAGCCCCAUUCUCUCUCUGCAGGAGUUCUCUCCCAGCGUGAUGCUGCAGUCACAGAAAGCCCCACCACCGCCACGCAGAAGCAGUAGCAGUGCUGCCCUCUGCCUAACGUAGGAGCACUGACAGCAGCUGAGUGAAAUGGAGGACAAAGGUGCUCCGGGAUUGGGAAGGGCACACCUGUGCUCAGGGUCUGGCUGUAAGAGGUUCCCCUCUGUGCCUGCAUGAAUGUCUGCGUGCACAGCACUUGGAGGAGCCCGGCUGUGUGAGAGGAGCUGUGUCAUCCUGGUUUGGUCUCAUGAUGUUAGCAACAGCAGAGGGAAUACCAGCUGGGGAGACACCUGACUUGGCAUUUAGGAAAUGCCGUGAGCGAAGGCAGCUGAGAGGAGGCUGCACGGACACGAGAGCAGGGACUUAGUGAUGUGAGAUGGUCGUAGGGGCUGUGCUUGCAGCAGGGAGAGGUGCAGGUGGUACAGUUUGAAACUCUGCAAACCCCUUACAUGUUGCUUAGGGGUGGGUCUGCUGUGCACCAGGCUUGGCUCUGGGGAUGCCCUAAGCUGGGUACAAGACCUCUUCUGACGCUGCAAAUGCAAAAAUAUUUUACUUAAAGGGCAAAGUCUGUUUGUGGAUAUUAAGGGCAGCUCAGAUUGGAAAUUCAAAGCAAGGAUCAGACAAGAAGCCCUUUAGCCCUGCACAGCUGCAGCUUAGGUCUGCAAAGGUCCCUCUGCAACCUGAGCUGGAAGCAGCCCUGGUGCCAGCCCCAAGGGGAGCACUGCACCCAACCUAACAGCCCACCAGGCUUCCAAUCAGGUCUGCUGGGGCACCCAUAUGUGCCAAGCAAGUACUGGAUCAGGGCAGAACUGAGACAGUUAUAGGAUUUGGUGGCAGGCAUGGCAGGGCUUUUAUCCAGCAUCCAAAUAGUACAGCCUGCGUGGUCUGUGCUCCUGAGUUUCCUGCAGGGAGCUCGUUGCCUGGGCAGGCAGCACAGCUGAGUGCUGCAAAGCUUCGAGUGCUCUAACUCUUAAUAUUUUCGUAGAGAAAUGCACAAAUCCCUUUAUGAGAGUGCAGAAAACCUUUCGGGAUGCUGUUGGUGUCGCCAGCUGGAGCUGUCUGGUGGUGGCAGGGCGCAACGUGGCAGCUGCCUCUUGGAGAACGGCAGCCGGUGAUGGGAACAGAGGUGGCAUUUCCCAGAAGAACGCCGUCCUGCGGCUCUGGGACGGCAGGGCUGCGACCUGGGAGCGUGCAGAGCACCUACAGGGGCUGCAACGAGAGCGGGCAGCAGCCGGGCAUCCUGCAAAUCCCUGAGCACGCGGCAGCUGCUGGGGCGUCCUUCAGCAAAACGCAGCGGAGCAGCAGAAAAUGGAGAGAGAGCUCUGUGCCGGAGGACGGAGCCGAGCGUUGCAGCAGAGCUGCGGCACAAAGCUGCUCACUGCUAUUGUUCCCAGCACCGGCAGCCAUUGCCACGGGUCCAGACCGCGGCUCCUGGCAGCCGCUCGAGGAGGAGAUCGCGCCGGGCUCUGCGCAUGGGGACGGGAGGGGGAGAGGAGGGGUGAUCCCCGCCGGCCUCUCCAUUUUCUGUCUCGCCUGUCGGGGAGACGCUUAGAUGGCAGAGCCCUGCUCCGCGUCCCUGCGAGGUAGGUGGAGUCUGGGCGUCCUCCGCCCUCCUUCCCUCCAUUGUCAGCGCUGUGAGCGCGGCACCUGCUCCGGCCGCCGGCUGCAGGGAUGCUCCUACCCUCCACCAAGCACUGGCGAGGCUGCAGCAAUCCCUGCGCCGGCGCCCGGCAGCCGCUGCCGGCAGCAGCACGGAGCCCAAGGAAGGAGAUGCUGCUUGCACUCGGCUGCCGCCUCGGGAAGUGAACAUGAGUCUGCCAGGCCGCGUCUCCUGCUCCAUGCUCAACUGCUUUGGUGAGGAAGGCCCCCCCAGUUUGGAGUACAUCCAGGCCAAGGACUUGUUCCCCCCAAAGGAGCUUAUAAAGGAGGAAGAGUCAUUGCAGGUCCCGUUCACUGUGUUGCAGGGUGAGGGAGUGGAGUAUCUUGGCCAUGCAAACGAUGCUGUGAUCGCCAUCUCCAACUACCGGCUUCAUAUCAAAUUCAAGGAUUCUGUGAUCAACGUGCCUUUGAGGAUGAUGGAAAGUGUGGAGUGCCGGGAUAUGUUCCAGCUUCACAUCGUCUGCAAGGACUCCAAAGUGAUCAGGUGCCAUUUUUCCACCUUCAAGCAGUGCCAGGAGUGGCUGAAGAGACUAAAUCGAGCCAUUGCCCGCCCUGCUAAGCCUGAGGACCUCUUUGCAUUUGCCUACCAUGCGUGGUGCUUAGGAGUCUGUGUUGAUGAGGAAGAUCAGCAUGCACAUCUGUGCCGUCCAGGUGACCACGUGAGAUACCGAUUUGAGAUGGAGCUGGUGAGGAUGGGCUUUGACUUGCAGAACGUCUGGCGAGUCUCUGACAUCAACAACAAUUACAAGCUUUGUUCCAGUUAUCCCCAGAAGCUGCUGGUGCCUGUUUGGAUCACUGAUAAGGAGCUGGAGAAUGUGGCUUCGUUUAGGUCGUGGAAGAGGAUCCCUGUGGUUGUGUACAGGCACGUGCGUAACGGGGCGGUGAUCGCACGCUGCAGCCAGCCCGAAAUCAGCUGGUGGGGCUGGCGGAAUGCUGACGACGAGUAUCUGGUGACAUCGAUUGCCAAAGCCUGCGCCUUGAACCCCGGAGCGAAGGCACCCGGCGGCGCGCCACACAGCGGGAGCAGCGAUGGCGGCGAGGCCUGCGAGGCUGACUUUGACUCGUCCCUGACCGCGUGUUCGGGUGUGGAGAACGUGGGCACUCCUCAGAAGCUGCUGAUCCUUGAUGCCAGGUCCUACACGGCAGCCGUGGCCAACAGGGCAAAGGGAGGAGGCUGUGAAUGCGAAGAAUAUUACCCAAACUGUGAAGUCGUGUUCAUGGGCAUGGCCAACAUCCACUCCAUCCGGAACAGCUUCCAGUAUCUGCGAGCUGUGUGCAGUCAAGUGCCAGACCCCAGCAACUGGCUUUCAGCCCUGGAGAGCACCAAGUGGCUGCAGCACCUUUCUGUCAUGCUGAAGGCAGCAGUGCUGGUCUCCAGUGCAGUUGACAGAGAAGGACGUCCAGUGCUGGUUCAUUGCUCUGAUGGCUGGGACAGGACCCCGCAGAUCGUAGCGCUGGCAAAGAUUCUUCUGGACCCCUACUACAGGACCAUGGAGGGUUUCCAGGUGCUCGUUGAAUCAGAUUGGCUGGAUUUUGGUCACAAAUUUGGUGAUCGCUGUGGUCACCAGGAGAAGGUGGAAGAUCAGAAUGAGCAGUGCCCAGUUUUCCUGCAGUGGCUGGAUGCUGUUCAUCAGCUUCUGAAGCAAUUUCCUUGCCUCUUUGAAUUUAACGAAGCCUUCUUGGUGAAGCUGGUUCAGCACACAUAUUCCUGCCUCUAUGGGACCUUCCUUGGGAACAGCCCAUGUGAGCGAGAGAUGCACAACAUCUACAAGCGUACCUGCUCCGUGUGGUCCCUGCUGCGGGCUGGAAAUAAGAACUUCCACAAUCUUCUCUACAUGCCAGGGUCUGAGCAGGUGCUGCAUCCCGUGUGCCACGUGCGAGCGCUGCACGUCUGGACAGCGGUGUAUCUGCCGGCUUCCUCCCCGCACCCUUUGGGGCAGGACGACAUGGACAUGUACAUGCCCCCUGGAUCUCAGAGCCAGGAGUUCAGUGGCAGGUGUUUGGACAGAUUACCAAAGACAAGAUCUAUGGACGACCUGCUUUCAGCCUGCGACUCCAGCAGCCCGCUGACCCGCACAUCCAGUGAUCCAAACCUGAAUAACCACUGUCAGGAGGUGCGUGUGGGCCUGGAAGCCAGGCAUGCUGCCACUGAGGGAGCCGAGCUGCACGUGGGAGAAGGCAGCGUGGCGGCUGCUGCUGAGACACAGCAAGUGGAGGAGCAGCAGGAAAAUGCCCCCCUGCAAGCCAGCAAUGCUUUCAACAGCAGCACUGAGCAGGAAGAGCAAAGGAAGAAGCUGAGCAGCUGGGCAUCUGUGCCAGCGAAUGACGUGUCUGUGGAGACAGAAAAGGAAAAUGGAACGUACGUGGAGGAACUGGAUGGUACAUGCCCAGCUCCAAAUCCUUCCAAACAGGAAAAUGUUGACAGGGUUUCCACCAGUUGUGGAAAGCAAUUAGAAUCCCGUUCCCAGGAACCUCUGAAAGCUGCUGGCUUGGCACCCGGUGGAGAAGGCUGCCCCAAGAAAAACACCACCUGCCAAGACAUUCCCAGCCAGGAGCCACCGGCACCCAGCGCUCCUUGUCAGGAGCCGGGCGUCCCCUGCCCAGAUGAAGACAACAGCAAAGGCUAUACUGGAAGGAAGGGGCUCUGUGAGGAUCCCUGCCGGAUGGGGAGAGUCCCACUAGAGCAAUGGCGCAAGCCCAUUUCCCAGAGCCAAAGCAGCGAGUUCUCCUUUUUGGGGUCCAACUGGGACAGUUUUCAAGGAAUGGUGACAUCGCUCCCCAACGGGGAGCCCACGCCCAGACAGCUCCUCUCCUACGGUUGUUGUAGCAAAAGGUUGAGCAGCAAACAGCUGCGGGCACCGGGCCUGUGUUUCAGUGGCCAGUGGGCUGCCAGGGAAGGUGCGAAAGGCUCAGUCUGCUCUGGCCACGUCGGCACGCAUUUUGCAGGCUCUGCAGGGAAGCCCAGCCGUUCGUGGCUACCCUGCCACCUGAAGCAAGCGGCUGGGCCCAAGCACAUGCCACCAAAAUGUCCUUCUCCCGUGCCUCCUCUUUACCUGGAUGACGACGGGCUCCCUUUCCCCACGGAUGUGAUUCAGCACAGGCUGCGGCAGAUCGAGGCCAGCUACAAGCAGGAGGUGGAGCAGCUCCGCAGGCAGGUGCGGGAGCUGCAGCUGCGGUUGGACAUCCGCCACUUCUGCGCCCCGCCGGCUGAGCCGCCCAUGGACUACGAGGACGAUUUCACGUGUCUGAAGGAAUCCGAUGGCAGCGACACUGAGGACUUCUGCUCUGAUCACAGUGAAGAUUGUUUGUCAGAAGCGAGCUGGGAGCCUGUUGACAAGAAGGAGACCGAGGUCACGCGGUGGGUUCCAGACCACAUGGCCUCGCACUGUUUUAACUGUGAUUGUGAAUUCUGGCUGGCAAAACGGAGGCAUCACUGCAGGAACUGUGGAAAUGUGUUCUGUGCCGGUUGCUGCCACCUGAAGUUGCCCAUCCCUGAUCAGCAGCUGUAUGACCCUGUCCUCGUUUGUAACUCCUGUUAUGACCACAUCCAAGUGUCUCGUGCCAGGGAGCUCAUGAGCCAACAUCUGAAGAAGCCCAUCGCCACAGCUUCCAGCUGAAUGCCAGACAAGGGACCUGUCUAAGCCCAGCCUUUUCUCUCAUGGGUUUGAAGGGUGACUCUGCCUCCACUGUCAUUGUGAAGGCCUUUGGUGCAACACUUGAACACCAAGCUUGAAUGCACUGUCUUCAGCAGUCUUACGAUCAGACUGGAGCAGAGGAGCUCAGAUUAGAGAGCACAGAGUGCCUCCACUCUGGUACCAGUGGGCCGUACAUUGUAGUCUGACCUAGGGCAAAAGAGGGGAUUGCAACCUCUUAUGUUUGUGGGCUGGAAAGCAAUGUUUUCACAGAUAUUGCCAGUGCAAAGUACCCCCAAAGCAAUAGAAAGGCAUGUUUAGAACCAACUCCCCCAACAAAGGCAGGCUGCUGUACAAGAAGGAAGAGGGCAGACUUGAGGUGGUGCUGCGUGCUUUGGAAGGGCCUCAGCCUGGAGCAGUUCUGUAGAUUCUCUUUCCAUGAGUGUGAUUUGUGAUCAGCUUGGUGAACAAGACUCGUUAGCCAUCACUAAUUGAUUUUCUCUAGAGCAUUGAAGAGAAAUUCAUUCUGGUGGAAACAGGCCGAGCAGAUUCUGCCUGUUCUUGUGCUCUGCUAGGAUUGGUGAAUGCACCUGACUUUGCCCUGCCCGCCAGCUGUGCGGGGCGAUGGGAGAUUGGCUUUUUCACUUCUGCUCUGCCCGUCUGCUUUGUCUGCGGUGUGUCACAGCCUGGUGCUAACACAGGAAUGGCACCUGAUCCUCUCCUGGCAUGGAAACAGAACUCGCGUUCCUGUGUUGCUCCUCCUCCCCUUCUCUGCCCUCAGCUCUCCACUUCCUACUGCUCUGUAUCCUGAAAACUUGAUACCUUGAGGGUAUAGGCCAUAAUAUGUUGUUUUACCUCCUGGAAUGUGCUGUCUGGUGUAUGUGAGGGUUUCAGUCCAAAUGCUGCUAUAUAUUUCUGUGCACUUAAUGUAACCCGAAAAAGGGAGAAUGAAGCAUUGAUACCAAAAUGGAGGUGGGGAAAGACACUGGCUGACACAGACACUACAGCCUGUGCUUUUCACUUCAGGAUGUACAACCAAGCUACAGUGAUAAACAUGACACGUGGCAUCUGUUCAGUGGUGGAAACAAUAUCUCUGGUUUGCCCCAGUGCUACCUAAAAUGCCUCUUGAAUUUGACUUCCUUUUUUUUUGUCUCCUGUACAGUGGUCAGAGUUCAGAGUUGCCAACUUGUAAUUGCCUCUCUGCUUGUUCCUUAAACUAGAGAGCAGGAAUCCCAACUCAUUCCAAAAAAGAAAAGUAACUGGGUUUAGAAAGUAAGAAAGAUUUUGAAAGAGAAGAUGGCUUUGGGUGAGCUUCAGUUUCAUUGCUAGAUCUCUGGGGGAGUUUCCAUCCUGCCUCCUUUCCAAGAUAUCUGCAGGUAUUAGUGAGGAAAAGAGUUUGAAUGUGGGGCAUUUCUUUCCAGAAAUGCAGGUUUUCUUCCCAAAGACCUGGAAAUGCCUGCAUCAUGAGCUGGGACCUCAUAUGGUUGGAGGGAGGAGCUGUGAGGGCAUUUGGUCAAACAAGGCAAAGUACUUUACGCUGUUGUGACCUCCCAGACUUUUGCUGAUGGUUUGUCAUCUCCAUCAGAGGGAAUGGAACAGUGACCCUUUCCUGCACUUUGAUAUGUCAGCCUCUGGUUUUGUAAAUCCCAGUAGUGCAAACCGAGCUAGCAUCACCUGAAGACCCUGUACCUACUUGGACUCUGCUUCUUUUCCAUACUGGGAACAACCAAUAUGGCUUUGGGACGAGAAGGCACCUUGCUUCAGAUUCUCCCCUGCCUUGUACCUUGCAGUCAUUGCCAGACGUGGAAGAGUGACCAUUGGGCUGGCAGAAGAAUCUGCUCCUGUUUUACACGUGUUGGAAUGACUGCAAGCAAUAAGGAAGCCAGAAACUAGGUACUCCUGGCCCUUCCGUUCAGGCCAUUAGUCCAAACUGCUUUUAGCUCUUGUGAGUUUCAGCGUCACAAUGUGCUGGCCAAAAACUCUAAAAUCAGUUCUAUAGCAUUGUGACAAACAAAAUGUGCUGUACAACUCAAUACAGUUGAAAUAAAAUCUCUAUAUUAGUG